AUGGCCGCCGGUGUCGUUUCCAUCUCCGCCCGUAAGGCCCACAAGGCGCACUUCGGUGCCCCUUCGUCGGUCCGCCGCAAGAUCAUGUCGGCGCCCCUCUCGAAGGAGCUUCGCGCGGAGCACGGCGUUCGCUCGCUUCCCAUCCGCAAGGAUGACGAGGUCAAGAUCGUCCGCGGCACCUACAAGGGCCGCGAGGGCCGCAUCAACACCUCGAACCGCAAGCACUUCCGUGUCUUCGUCGAGGGUGUCUCGCGCGACAAGGGCAACGGCGCCACCGUCCCCAUCCCCGUCAACCCGUCCAACGUCGUCAUCACCAAGGUCAAGAUGGACAAGGACCGCAAGGCGCUUCUCCAGCGCAAGUCGACGACCGGUGCCAAGUCGGAGGACGCCGAGAUGAAGGCUAUGUCGAGCCCGCGGCUCACAGCCCAGUUCGGCCAGUACUACGCCAGCGUCCCGUCGACCGGCUCGUCGCCCUUCUCCUCAUCUCCCUCGACCUCGUCGUCGGCUUUCGGCAGCUCGCCCCUCCUCUCUGGCUCGCCAGCACUCGGCGGCACCUCGUCAAGGCGUGUCUCGAUCCGCACGUCCAACCUCGCCGGCCUCGCGAGCGCCGGGCCAGGCGCCCUCCUCCGCCUGCGCGGCCGCUGGCGCAAGGCGCUCGCCGUCGUCGUCCUCGUCCUCGCCUCGAGCGGCGUCGUGUUCCUCGUCGCCAACUCGAGCAGCAGUCGAGGUGCGGCGCGCUUCAUGCCCGCAGGCGGGUUCGGGCGCGACGUCAUGGGCCGCGAGGACGACGCCGACCGCGAGGACGCGCUCGAGCUGUCGCCGAUCGAGGUCAAGGGCGACCAGAGCCGCCUGUGCCUCCUGUUUCCCUGGCGCGACGAGUGCGACGGCGUGUCGGGCAAGUCGGGCGUCAAGCGCUCCCCGUUCGACGGCCUGCGGUUCAGCGAGCGCUUCGGCCACCUGUUCUACCCGGCCUACCGCGCCCAGACUCGCCCGGGCGCCAAGCCGCAGCCUCCCGCCGACGUCGAGAACCAGCCGCACGCGAUCCACUACCUCGUGCAGCGUGCCCGGCGCGAGUGGGACGCCAAGGUCGCGCGGCAGAGCAAGACGCUCGAGCAGGCCGUCGACGAGUACGAGCGGCGGUACAAGCGCCGCCCGCCUCAAGGGUUCGACAAGUGGUUCGAGUACGCGCAGAAGCACAAGUUCGUCAUGGUCGACGAGUUUGACGCCAUGAUGGACCGCGUCGAGCUGUACCUCGCCGUGCGCCCGUCGACCAUGGUCGCCCGCCACGACAAGAUCCAGUUCGACGACGACUUUUGGAUCACCGACAAGACGUUCACGGUCGAGGUCAAGCGGCACGGCAAGCACCUCGAGGCGCACGGCCCGAUGAAGAGCGCCAACGAGCGGCCCGACCAGAUGCUCAAGCUCCUGCGCGGCAUCGCCAAGCUCCUGCCCGACAUGAACGUCACCUUUACCGGCCACGACGUGCCGUGGGGCACGAUGAGCGGCGAGUCGAAGGAGGUGCACCGCAAGGCUGCGCGCGAGGGCGUCUUGUUGUCCGACGAGGAGGCCGACGACUAUCGCGACGACUGGAAAUGGGACGGCUGGGCGCGCAUCUGCCCGCCCGACUCGCCGCUUCGCAACGUCCCGUCGUACGACGACCGCAUGGCGUCGGGCGACGUGUAUGCGCCGCCGAGGACCCGCAGCUUCAUCAAGGACCACGUCCCGGCCAUGGACCUGUGCAACCACCCCGAGAACCAGCUCAUCCACGGCUUUACGGCUUGGCCCGGCCCCCGACCCGGCCUCAUCUACCCGAUCUUCGUCUCGACCAUCACGUCGCUCCACACCGACUUCCUCAUCCCGCCGGUCGACCAGUACGACUACGCGCUCGGGAUUGACCCCGAAUGGGAGGACAAGAAGCACAACAAGCUCGUCUGGCGAGGCUCGACGACGGGCGCCAACCUCAACAUCGAGCACUUCCGCAAGUGGAGCCAGCGCCCGAGGCUCUGUCGACUGCCGUUCGCCAAGGGCAAGGUGACGGUCCCGUACGCGCCCGACGACACGGCGACCGACCUCGGCCCGGUCAAGGAGCUCACGGGCCGCAACAAGGCGCUCGCGCUGCGGUACUUUGACUUUGAGUUCCUCGACCGGCCGAGGCAGUGCGACGACCCGGCCGUGUGCGACGCGUUCGAGAAGGAGUUCAACUGGAGCGGGUGGAUGGGGCCCGACGAGCAGAACGAGUACAAGUACAUGCUCGACGUCGACGGCAACGGGUGGAGCGGUCGGUUCCACAGGCUCAUGAGCACCAACUCGCUCGUCCUCAAGUCGACGAUCUUCCCCGAGUGGUACCAGGACAUGAUCCAGCCCUGGGUCCACUACGUACCCGUCCAGACCGACUACUCGGACCUGUACCCGAUCAUGGCCUUCUUCCUCGGCGACGAGCAUGGGCAGGGAGGGCACGACGCGCUCGCCAAGGAGAUUGCGACGGCGGGCAAGAAGUGGGCCGAGACGCACUGGCGAUGGGUCGACAUGGAAAUCUUCAUGUACCGGCUCCUGCUCGAGUACCACCGCAUCAUGAAUCGCGACGACGCCAACCCGACGUCGAUGGACCUGUGA